CGAGCAGCCAACAUGAUGUUAAGUUGCUACUUGAGUGUUAUCUAGAUUUUUGAUAAUACAUAAAACUGACUGGGUGCUAAGCAUUUUACUAGUCGACAUCAUCGAGAAUGAACUUCAAAGUAAUCACGAUAUUUUUUAGCUUGCUUCUAGUUGCGCAGGCAACCCCAACCUUGGGCUCUAACAAAGAUACAGUCCAAACCGUCCUCAAGGUAGUAGUCGACAUUUUCGGAAAAGUUCUAGAUGCUUUUUCUCAAGGCGUCACCGCCAUAUCCAAUUCAACGCGUACCAGAGAACUGCUGGAAGCUGGAGAAGUCAAACUCGCCAAUACACUCUACGAUGUAGUGACCGACAAGCUGGACCAGCUUAUGGAUGACUUCAAACCGAUCACCACCGAAGACGUGGUUGAUAUCCUGACAUGCGUGGAACUCCAGAAAGAUGCGGCAAGGCUAUCGUUGAACACCACAGUCUACGAAAUCGGAGUAUGUACCACGCAACGCAUGGACAGCAUCGUCAAAGUCAACGAGGAUGCCGUAACCUCCUUGACAACGUUGUACACCGACUUGAAGCGAAUAGAAAGCGACCUCGAGAAAUGUUUCCUGGGAGAUUUGUGCCUCGCCGAGGUCAUAGCGAAUAUCGGAAAAUUGCAGUCCGAAGCUUUGGCUGUCGUAGCCGAUUUGCUCUCACUGCUCAACGUUUACAAAGACUUGGUGCUUGGUGACGUUCCCGCGUGUGCAGUAGAUCAGUUGAUAAAGCUUCCAGAGAGGAACGAAGAGAUUGUACUAACCGCUAUUAAUUGUAUUCUGGGCAGUAUGGCUCCUAAGGAAAACAGAAAAUGAUGGAACUUCAAUUAAUAUUCCCAGUCCUAACUGAAUUUAGUAGCCAUCAUUCAUUAAAUUAAAAUUUUCUGCUGCUAGGGGUUAUGGAAAUAAAUUAAGAAUUCGUAAAUAU